UGUAUAAUGUUACUGCCUGGAGAAAUCUCAUUGAAGUGAGAGUUGUCCUUCAGUUGGUAUGCAGACAAGUGGAAUUUGAACUACUCGCAUAUGAAAGCAUAAAAAAUCCACCCCAGAAGAUAUCCCAGGACACAAGACUGAGGAGGCCACUAUAUCCUUUGGUGUAGAUUACAGAAUAUUCAUAGCCUAGCCCAGAGGAGCACCAUGGAGAGCCACAAGGACUAUACUGAAGCUCUGCAUGAACACCCCGAGGUCUUCCGAAGGUAUCCACUCGUGCCAGUACAUGGAAUUCCCCUGAUGGAACCCAUUGCUCAACAAUGGGCUCCUAUUGAAAAUUUUGAAGCACGGCCAGAUGACCUGCUCAUCUCCACCUACCCCAAAGCAGGUACCACCUGGAUGCAGGAGAUUGUUGAUCUGAUUCGUUCUGGUGGUGAUGUAGAAAAAGCACGUCGAGCGCCCACAUAUGUUCGGAUCCCAUUUCUAGAAAUCUGCUCCCCGCCUCCUGUCCCUUCGGGGGUUGAUACAUUGGUGGAUGUGCCGUCUCCUCGUGUUAUCAAAACACACCUCCCCUUCCAGCUAGUCCCGAAAAGCUUUUUUGAAAACAAUUGCAAAAUUAUCUAUGUUGCUCGCAACGCCAAGGAUAAUUUGGUCUCCUAUUAUUUCUUCGAUCGGAUGAAUUUGACACAGCCAGACCCAGGGCCAUGGGACAGCUAUGUUAAGAAAUUCAUGGAGGGCAAAGUUGCAUGGGGCUCUUGGUAUGAUCACGUUCGGCGCUACUGGGAUGAGAGAGCAAACCACCGCAUCCUGUAUGUUUUCUAUGAAGACAUGAAAGAGGACCCAGCCCGUGAGAUCCACCGAAUAAAGGAUUUCCUGGAGAUUGACUUGCCUGAGGACAUAGUGCAGAAGAUCACCCAUCACACCUCCUUCCAGGUCAUGAGGGACAAUCCGAUGAGCAAUUACAGCACUUUGCCCAAUGCCAUCUUUGACAAGAAGAUAGGAACUUUUAUGAGGAAAGGUGAAGUCGGUGACUGGAAGAAUUAUUUUACAGUGGCUCAAAAUGAAGCGUUUGAUGCUGAUUACCAGCAUAAGAUGGAAGGAACAACUCUGCGUUUUCGUGAUGUAUUAUAGAAUCAGAGAAUAUCUUUCCUGGGAUUGUUCUGUUAAAGGACAGAUGCUUUCUUUGCAUUGCAGUUUUGCAAUAAUAAAUGUGGAUGCCAUUAAAUGUUGUAUCUUUGAUGAAUGAAACAUCUUUGAUACUUCAGAGGAACGAUAAAAAUUGGUUCUGAGAAGACUGAGAAAGCUGGGAACCGGGAUACCUGGUUCUCUGAGUGUGUCCGGUGGUGCCCAGUGCAGUCCUAAGCAGAGGUACACCUUUGCAAGUCUACUGAAGCAAAUGGGCUUAGAAAGGUGCAGCUCUGUUUAGGGCUGUACUGUUAGAUUAGUAACAGCCCUCCUGUUAGGGAACUGUGAACUGUCCCAUCCCUUAAACAGAGGCUUAAUAUGGAAAUGGGCAGCUGAAACUUUUCAUAGUGUGAAGGGAAAUAAACUCACCUGAUCAAUAACAUCCCUUUAAGCAUGUGUUAAAAGGAUAGGGCAUUUUUAUCCAGGCCUUUUGGCAACCUUACUGAGAUCUAUGUUAUGGUAUCUUCUAAAAAGAGAAGUGCUCAAAUUCUUGUCUGCUUGGAACAGCCCUCUCUGUCUUGCAAGUCCUGCUUCUUAAUCACAGAACGAAGAUUGAUUGUAAUUCCUCACUGAGGGGAAAUUUUCUUAGUACACUCUCAGAUGAACCCUCGUGUUGCUUCGGGGAAGUUAGGGAUCAGCGAGGCAUCGGCGUGGGGGGGGGGAACGAUUGGGAAAUUUCUCCCAACUCAGCUCUCCCCUUCCAGGACACUACAAACUCUUGAGAAGUUGAUCAGACAAAUUCCUUCUCCUCGCUUUAUUUUCCUCCCCCUCCCCCUCUCUCUUUAACUAACAAUAAGCUUAAGAAUGGUCUGCAGAUCCAAGGCACAUUCAGUCCUCAUCAGGAUGUUUUUGAAUCUUCUUAUUCUCAUUCUUCUUUUUUAAGUUUACAAGCCACAGACACAGAUUCUUCAGGAGGCCCCUGAACAUGCAGAAAAUCCCCUACUUUUGAGGGGCCUUGAGCAGCUUCUCUGAAGAGGUAGCAUAUAAUGUUUUAAUGCGAUACAUUUUUAAAAAUUGUUUAUAGCUAGUGCUGUUUUACUGCCCUUCUGAUAGGUAUUGGACCACGAGGAUUACCAUUAAUCAAUUAAUUUAAACGUUUGUAGCAUGGCUUUCUCAUGAACAAAUGGGACCCAUGACAGCUUCCAAAAUGUGGCUAAGAACCACCAAAUAUGACAAUAAAAUCAGAAAAUAACUUUUGAAACUCAACAAAGAACAAUGAAGCAGCAGUGAUAGCUGUUAUCUUUUGCGAUUUUGGUUGUAUAUAGCUUCCUAAAAGCCUUCACACAUUUCUUAGAGUAUCAGAAAAGCCAUUCCUCAACACAAGAAGUGGAAACUUGAAUCACAGUAAACUUUUCUCUCCUCACGGUUCUCAUUUUUCCUUUUCGACUGCACUGGGGUUGAAGGCUUAAACCCCCUCAGUACAGUGUUCAACACUAAUCCAAAUUGGGGGCGGGGGCGGUAUGAGGGUACAUUUUUUCUUUUGCAGGUUGUCCUCUGUUUGUGCUCUGAUUUCUCAACUAUUCUUAAUUUUUCAAGGACAGUGAAAAAGUUCAGUCCUCAUAGACUCUUUUUUGGAGGGCAGGGUGUCUUUUUAAUUUGUAAAAUUUGUCCUCAUAUUUGUAAAAUUUGUCCUCAUAUUUAAAGCAUUCCCAAGGAUGCAGAAACACCAAAAUUAUUCCUAUGUCUGACUGAGUGAUAGAAAGUCACCUAUGAAAUUUGCUGUUAAAAGUGUGGGAAAUGGAUUUAAUGAAAGAGAUUUUUAUGUACUUUUAUGUGCCUUCUAUCGGUGUUAUGCACUCUUACUAUUCUCAGGAGCUAAUGUAGUAUUUGUAACGCAACUUGCAAGAAAAUGAGACUUGAAACAAAAGACCAAAGCAGAAUGUAUGUUAUACAUGUUAAUCAGUGUUAGAAGUAAGAUCAAAGUACUGUGAAGCUUGCCACCAGGUAGAUUGAGCUCAAUAAGCUUAAUAAGCACCUGCUUGUUUCCUGACACCUGUUCUUUCCUUGAUACAGAAACCCCUUUGUGAAACUGUCCAUGCAAAAUGUUGCAAUGAAAGCUAGCUAGAUUAGCAAAACCUCUCAAGGCUGAGAGAGAAAACCACAAAGUGGAGAAGGGGAACUGAAUGUAAUUAUAAGCACAUUCCAGGGGAAGGGGAGCGUUUCUCUCCCACGGAACCCAGAGAAAUAUUCUCCACUUGAAGCCCACAAGGUUGCAAGAAGCGACAUAGGGGCACCGCUAUUAAAUGUUACAUAGACCAAAGGAAUGGGCAUGAAUGAGAAGCCUAUGAAAGAGAUGUGUGAGAAAGGAAGGAAGAUGUUCCUUUCAGAGAUAAAACCAAAGACAGAUAAGAUAAAGAAAUAGCAAUCAGGUAAUGCUGUAACUAUGCUGUUGACCUAAGUGGUUUCUUCCAAUCAGAAUACCCUUAGACACUUGUAUCAUGAAAGGUGGUCGCUCACUUGAGCCAAUGGGGGCCACUGUGUUUUCUGAGCCAACAGAAUAACAAAUAUUAUAAUUAACCAAAAGGUAUUAAUUGCUUUGUACUGCUAUUGUAGCUUUGAUGAGCGUUGGGCAUGAGGGGACAUUUUACUCUUUGUGUAACUGCCGUCCCUCCAUUGUUUAAUAAAUGGUUAUAGAUUGCUUCAUCUGCA